AUGAGUGACAGCGAUGACGAUUUGUUAGCGCUUGCUGGAAUCGGUUCGGAGGGAGACGAGAGCGACUACGAGCCGGAAAUCCAGACCACGAAGCGUGCGGGCGGCCUCAAGCGCAAAAUCGACGAGUCGGAGGGCGAGCAGGACAACGACGACGACGAGUAUGGCGAGCAGGACCCGUACCCGCUUGAAGGCAAGUAUAAAGACGAUGCCGACAAGGCGGAGUUGCUGGCGAUGGACGAGGUGACGAGGGAACAGAUCAUCUACGACCGUGAGCAGGAGCGCGAAAAGUACAGGGAAAGACGGUUCCUAGCCCUGAGGGCGCGGCAGAGCAAGGCGGAGAGCAGUGCUAUCAAGGCAUCGCGGACAACGGGCAAGUCUUUGCGGACGAGCAAGCUGUCUGAGCUGAAAAAACAGAGAGAAAGGAAGAACAGAAAGGAAAGCAGGGCAUACGACUCUGACGAGGAUGAUGUGGACGCUAACGAGCUGGCAGACGAGCAGGAGGGCUCUGAGGACGAGGAAAUGUACGAGGAGGAUUACGACAUCGACGACACAGACACGCGUCGCAAAAAGCACACCACCAGCGAUUAUGACGACAAGUACUACCAGGACGCGACGUUGAAGGACCUGAACGCCAAGGUGCGUGCUAGUCGGACGAUAUUGUCGCGGUUCAUGUUCCGGGACGAGUUUGACGAGGUUAUCCGCAACACAUACGUGCGUGUGAACAUUGGGGUGUCUCGGGAGACGGGACAGCCGCAGUACAGGAUUGCGCGAGUCGAGGAGGUGAAACGCGGUGGAAAACCGUACCGGCUGCUGAACAAGCCGUGCGAUGUGUACUUGCUGGUGUCUCAGGGCGAGUCGAAGAAGCUGAUUGAUAUGGCGUGCAUCUCGGACUCUCCAUUUAGCCCGUCUGAGUUUGAGGCGUACCGGAGACGGCUGGAGGAGUCUGGACUGGAGCUGCCGUCUGUGGGCCAGGUGGACGCAAAAUUCCGCGAGCUACGGGACAUGUCGACGAGAAAAUUGACGGACGAGGACAUCAACAAGAUGGUGGCCAGAAAGGAGGCCAUCUCUGUGGCGGCGAUGGACUCGGGCAAUAGAGUUAAACGGCUGGCCCGGCUGCGGGAGGAGCUGCAGGUGGCUGUGGAGCAACAGGACGAGGCUCGUGUCGAGACGUUGACGAAGCAGAUCGACGAGCUGGGCAAGUACGUGCAUGCGGGACACAACGAGUUGAGCAGAAUGGACCAGAUCAACCUGCGCAACAAGAAGAGCAACGAGACGGCCAUUCGCCGGGCCGAGAAGCUGAACGUGGAGCACCGCCAGAAACAGAUUUUGAACAACAACUUCAACGACCCGUUCUCGCGGCUGCGCACCAACCCAAAGAUCUUCUACUCAUCUGCACAGUCUGCGCAGAAGGAGAUGGCCGGCGAGGAGCAGCCGGUGCCGGAGCACACGGAGCACCGCGAAGAGUCGCCGCUCAAGUGCCAGUUCAUCAGGGACGGCGUCGAUGCGGUUAUUGGGACGAUCGACUUCGACGUCCAGCUGCAGAUAUAG